UAUCCCUCACCAACCUACAAGUCUGAUAGAGAGGUGAAUGAGGAGCACAUGUUCUUGAUAAUUCGUCCCUACCAAACUCCCAAAGGUCAAUAAAAUCUUUCUGGAUUUUCUCUUUUUGUUCCUUGCCUUGUUUUCAUUUCUGGGCAGCUGUUAACGUUAUUACUUAUUACCAACUUUUCGAAAGAGAGAAAAGUAUCAAUUUUCAUUGGAUAAAAGAUACUGAAAGAGACGAUUCUUGUUUGUCGUUAUCUCCGUGUAUCUCUGAUUCUGUUCCAUUCGAUUCGACCGUGAUUGGACUUUGGGAUUUUGACAAGGCUCAGAAUUUGUUUAGAAUUCGCUGUUGAAACAUCGCCUGUCUGGAGGUUCACUCUUCAGGAGGUUCCUGUUGUAUUGGACAAAAGAAGAGACGAAGAUGUCUUCGGAUGAGAAGAACCUCAUAGAAAUAUUGGAGGAAGGUCACAAAGUCGAUAUAGUCAAGUACAUCGAUUACGUUAGUGCCCCUCAAGCCGGUGCUAUAGCAACAUUCUCAGGCACUACAAGAGACAUGUUCGAGGGCAAGGCAGUCUUGGAGCUAAGGUACGAAGCAUAUGUACCAAUGGCAACACGAUGCCUCGGCUCCAUCUGUACAACCGCUAGAUCAACUUGGGACAUCCACAAGAUUGCGGUUGCUCACCGUCUGGGACCAGUUCCUGUUGGAGAAACCAGCGUCUUCAUCGCCGUCUCAUCUGUUCACCGUGCAGAUGGUUUAGAUGCUUGCAAGUUCAUGAUCGACGAGCUGAAGGCAUCUGUUCCGAUAUGGAAGAAAGAGGUGUACACUAAUGGAGAGAUUUGGAAGGAGAAUUCUGAGUUUAUGGAGAAAAGAUUGGAGCUUGCGGAGAAAAGAGACAGCUUGGGGAAGAAACAUGUGGUUGAAGAACAUAAAAAAAGUUGCUGUGGAAAUAAAGUUAGAGUACAAGAAGAUGAAGAGCAUAAAGAUGUUGCAGGAAAAAACAAUUCUUCUUCAUGAUUACUUGUAACAUAGAGCAAUAUUUGGUUAUUUCUCUCUCUCAAUAAACAAAUUGUCUUAAACACAUUGUUGAAUCUAAAGACUUCAUU